UAACAAUUUUCACACAUUGUUCAAACAAUUUUAUCUUAACGGACAUUAAAAUCGCCCUAUGUAAAUAUUGUAUAAUACUAUUAGACUCAAGUAUAUACAAAUAAAGGUAAUCAAUCGCAAUUUUUGGUCGAUAGUGUCAAUAGCGGUAAAUUUAAAUCCACCAUGAUUCAAUUCAGCGCAUUAUUUUUAUUAAUUUCAAGUCAUUUAUUAAUUUAUUCUGGUGCAACGACGGACACCACAUUAAAACAACUGUUUGUUAUAUUUAGGCAUGGAGAACGAGCACCCACCGAGCCAUACAGAAAUGACCCACAUAAAGAUUACGAGUGGCCUUUGGGAUGGGGUCACUUAACGAAUAGGGGCAAACUUCAAAUGUACACACUCGGUGAGAGAAUCCGACAAGAAUAUUCAGCAUUCAUUCCACCUUAUUAUUUUCCAACGAACGUAACGUUUUUCAGUAGUUAUGCUGAUAGAUGUCUGAUGAGUGCCCAGCUGGUUGGUGCCGGGUUGUUUCCACCUCAAGACGAGCAAAUUUGGAAUGAGGAACUUCUGUGGCAACCAGUGCCUGUGAAAUAUGUCGAAAGGAAAGAUGAUAAUUUUAUUGCUAUGAAACAGGCCUGUAAAAAAUAUGAUGAUAUGUAUGAUGAAUUAAUGAAGUCAGACAAGGUGAAGAAAAUUUUCAAAGACAAUGAAGACCUUAUCAAGUACUUAUCUGAUCAUUCAGGACAAAAAAUGAAAACUUUAUACAAUAUAGAAACCCUAUUUAAUACAUUAGAAAUAGAAUCUUUAAACAAUUUAACAUUGCCAACAUGGGUGAAACCUGAAAUGCUGCCUGUGAUGAAAGAAAUUGGAGCUGUUAAUUUAGCUUUGUACUCUGACAACAACUACAUGAAAAGAAUGAAAGGAGGAGUGUUAAUAAAAAUAAUACUGGAUCAGAUGGAACAAUUUAUAAAUGGAAAAGCCAGUCCUUUACACCUGUUUGCUGGACAUGAUUUCACUUUAGUGCAAACAUUAAAAGCUUUAGGCCUAAUCGACACCAUUAAGCCAAAAUUUGGAGCCACUUUAACUUUUGAAUUGCACAAGGAUCCGGAAUACAAAAUAAAGAUAAACUAUUGGGACGAUUAUCAGGCCCCACCAGUUGUAAAGAUAUUGUCCGGAUGUACAGAAAAAUGUGAUAUUUUUAAAUUCAAAUCAAUUUUGGAACCUGUAUUACCAAAAAAUUGGAAUGAUGAAUGCAAAGUCUAAUGUUUAUAUUUCAAUAUAGUACCUAAAAUAAAAGUAAUUUAAAUAUUUUUAUAAAA